AUGGACGGGUCUCAAUACCAUCCAGGCAACGGAAUGAGCAACAACAACUCCCCAUACCUGCCCAAUAUUGCACCCCACCAACUACAGCAAUCGAAUAUCCACCACGCCGCAACAUUGCCUCCAUUACAAGCGACUCAGCACGCUACCAUGCCAGCCCAUCUUCAACAGCAUCCCGGCAGUGCGCCUCACACCCCAAGAACUCCCGCAACUCCUGUUACUCCCGUCUCGGGAAACAAUAUGGGGAAUUUCCCACAGAUGCCGGGUCAGUAUCAGCAGCAACAGCAACAACAGCAGCAGCAGCAGCAGCGACAAUACCAAAUGAUGCCUACAAGUACUUACCAGCAACCAACUCAAUCUUACAGAACUGCUGGAUCUAUGAUGCCCCAGUCUUCCAUGUCAAUGUCCCACCCACAGCCAAUUGCUCCAGCUCCAUUGCAGAACCGAGCCAACCAACCGCUGAGACCCAUGCCUCCACAUGGACUUCAGCACAUGCAAGGUGGAAUGCAAGGCUAUGGCCAGAACAACAUGGGCAUGAUGCAGGAUAUGGAACCUCCUACUCAUGUAGUUGGAUCUCAAGGUAGGAGAGGUAUCUUGCCCAGUGCUCCAGGUAGACCCGCGGUAUCCGCGACAGGCACUGGUAAGAACGCGUUGAUUCCUGCCAAGGACGCUGAUGGAAAAUUUCCUUGCCCUCAUUGCACAAAGACAUACCUUCAUGCCAAGCAUUUGAAGCGCCAUCUUCUCCGACACACUGGAGACCGACCAUAUAUGUGUGUUCUGUGCCGCGAUACCUUCUCCAGAAGUGAUAUUUUGAAAAGACAUUUUCAGAAAUGCUCCAUCCGUCGUGGUAACCCAACAGGUGCCAGUCAUCUUUCGCACGCUCAAGCCCACUUGAAGAAGUCACACCCAGGCCCACACAAGCCCCAGAACCAAAUGCCCAACGAGAACGAGCUCAUGGGUGUUAACGGAAUGAACGGCGGACCUAUGGGUCCUAACCUUUUCGGUAUCUCCCCAGACGGCACUGUACCCGACGCCGGUUCCAACAUGACCGAUCAACAAUCCGAACAGUUACGAGCACGAGCUGCUGGCAUUGGAGGAGGAAGAGAUGACAAUCGCAUGACUGGGCCUAGCCCAGGAAGCUCAAACCGUGCUAGUUUCGAUCAGCAGAACUAUGCCGGUCCAGUAGCGAGCAUGCCUUCCGGGCUAUGA